GUGUCGUCAUAAAUUGGCUGGCAGACUCUGUCACAAUAUUGUUUCUUCUUCUUCUUCUUCUUCUUCAGGCCUGUCGACACAGAGAUUAGGCUCUGUGCCUUCAUCGCAUUUUUCUCCCAACUAGUUGACUGUCAACUCCAAGGCUGGCUCGCAUCCUUGAAUCAUCCUCUCCGCGUGUCCUGACGGGGCGGGGUGAGCGCGUGUGCCUUUCUGGCUCCUAUGGCAACCCGAUAGAUUAGCUCCAUCGAUAUUCACGUUAUUAGAAAGUGGAGGGGAGGGGGGGGGGGAGACUGAUGGAUCCGUGAUGUCAGCGCUCUUUGAAUACAGCAGCCGGCUGCGUCCGUGUGUGUCACCACCUUGCACUGACAGAGAGCUCUGAUAUUUUGGGGAGGUGGAGAUGAUGCUUUGUCAUUGAGAAGCUCAGCAGCAGCAGCAGCAGCAGCAGCAGCAGCUGCAGCAGCAGCAGCGUUCUUCUCCCACUCCGGCACGUCCGCCGCUCAGCAUGCUGCAUCCUGAUGCGCUCUCGUCUGCACGCUGUGGGGAUACCUGCUUUUACAUGCGUUUCCAAUUCACCGUUCUUAAAUGAUCCUUGGAUUGUUGACGCAUUUCAAUGGUUGAACCGGGAAAGAGAGGCACGUACCCAAGUGUCAAAGAAGAUACAACCUGUCCUGCGGAUGCGCCGUCACUGUUUUGCCUCCAGCAGCACCCCAAGUGUGUUAGAUUCAUGAUUCAUCCCUCUGUUUGUUCGGGCUACCCUUAGAGCGCGUCUCUUCUGCUUCUUCACAAUGGAAAGAUUCCAGUCAUCCAUGCGCAAACGGCUCUACAGCUUGCCGCAAAACAUUGGGCAAAAACCCUUCAUGAUGGACGAAGGAGACAACGGCGACAAGGACACUAAGAGGAAAAGUAUUCGUUUAAAACAUUUGUCCUCCCCGUCGCCUGCGAGCAGCUGUAGGAGCAUUGAAGAGGCCAGGAGCGAAGACCUGGACAUGGACAGGGAGGUGAUCGUGAAGACCAACUUGAACGGCGACUGUCGCUUAUUCAGGGGCAGCAUCUCCUCCAUCACAGGGCGGCAUGCUCCCGGGUCAGACCCAGCGGAGCAGCGGCGCCUCAUCCCCGAGGCUGACGCCGGAAUAAGUGAGAGUUUCCCCGGUGAGCACGGCCCCGGGCCCCAGCAGCGGGGAGCGGGGGGUCUGAGCGGUGCAUCCGGGCAAGCGUCUGCAUUUGACCAGUCAAGUUUCAUCAAGUUGGAGGGGACCGAGCAGAUCAUACCCGAGGACGAGCGGUUGUACCAAGCCGGCUUCAUGCACCGGCAGUUCGGGGCGAUGCUCCAACCGGGAGUCAACAAGUUCUCCCUGCGGAUGUUGGGAAGUGAGAGGGCCGUGGAGCAUGAGAGGGAGCGAGUAAAGUCUGCUGGUUUCUGGAUAAUCCACCCGUACAGUGAUUUUAGGUUCUACUGGGAUCUGACCAUGCUGCUGCUGAUGGUGGGAAAUCUCAUCAUCAUCCCUGUGGGCAUCACCUUCUUCAAGGACGAGCACACGCCGCCCUGGAUCGUCUUCAACGUGGUCUCGGAUACUUUCUUCCUCAUGGACCUGGUCCUGAACUUCCGCACGGGCAUUGUCAAGGAGGACAACACAGAGAUCAUCCUGGACCCGCAGCAGAUCAAGAUCAAGUACCUGAAGAGCUGGUUUGUAGUGGAUUUCAUCUCCUCCAUACCUGUGGACUACAUCUUUCUCAUCGUAGAGACCCGCAUCGACUCAGACUUUUACAAGACGGCCCGAGCUCUGAGGAUUGUCCGUUUCACCAAGAUCCUCAGUCUGCUUCGGCUGCUGCGCCUGUCCAGACUUAUUCGCUACAUCCAUCAGUGGGAAGAGGUUUUCCAUAUGACCUAUGACCUGGCCAGUGCAAUGGUGCGCAUCAUGAACCUGAUCGGUAUGAUGCUGCUGCUGUGUCACUGGGAUGGCUGUCUGCAGUUCCUGGUUCCCAUGCUGCAGGAUUUCCCUGCUGACUGCUGGGUCACUAGAAACAAGAUGGUGAACGACACUUGGGGCCAGCAGUACUCCUACGCCCUGUUCAAGGCCAUGAGUCACAUGCUGUGCAUCGGGUACGGCCUGUACCCCCCCAUCGGCAUGGCCGACGUGUGGCUCACCAUCCUCAGCAUGAUCGUGGGCGCUACCUGCUUCGCCAUGUUUGUGGGGCAUGCGACUGCCCUCAUUCAGUCUCUGGACUCCUCCAGGAGGCAGUACCAGGAGAAGUAUAAACAGGUGGAGCAGUACAUGUCCUUCCACAAACUCCCCGCUGACAUGCGUCAGAGGAUCCAUGACUACUACGAGCAUCGAUACCAGGGCAAGAUGUUUGAUGAGGAGAGCAUCCUGGAGGAGCUGAAUGAGCCACUGAGAGAGGAGAUCAUUAACUUUAACUGUCGUAAACUUGUGGCCUCCAUGCCUCUGUUCGCCAACGCUGAUCCAAACUUUGUCACCUCCAUGCUGACCAAGCUGCGCUUCGAGGUCUUUCAGCCCGGCGACUACAUCAUCAGAGAGGGAACCAUCGGCAAGAAGAUGUACUUCAUCCAGCACGGAGUCGUCAGUGUGCUGACCAAGAGCAGCAAAGACACCAAGCUCUCUGACGGCUCCUAUUUUGGAGAGAUCUGCCUGCUGACCCGCGGCAGGAGGACGGCCAGCGUGCGAGCGGAUAACUACUGUCGGCUGUACUCUCUGUCUGUGGACAACUUCAACGAGGUGCUGGAGGAGUAUCCCAUGAUGAGGAGGGCGUUUGAGACUGUAGCCCUCGACCGCCUGGACCGCAUCGGGAAAAGGAAUUCUGUUCUCCAGCAUAAAGUCCAGCAUCACCAAAGCUCUGGUACUCUGAACUUCCAAGAAAGCGAGAUCAUCCAAAGAAUAGUGCAGCAUGACCGUGACAUGGCCCAGUGCACACAGCUGAUCCAGACUAGCCUGAACCUCCCUGCACCCCCGUCUCCCACCCCGGUCAUCUGGGCCCCGCUGGUCCAGGCCCCGCUUCAGGCUGCUGCUGCCACCACCCCGCUGGCUCUGGCCCUGGCCCACCAGGCCCAGCUACCCCCCAUACUCUUCCAUCACGCUUUGGGAAUGGGCUCUGGCUCCCUGAAGGACCCCAUCAGCCAUUCAAAGAGGUUCUACGCUGGAGCCAACACCUCCAGCAGCUGUGGCUCAGGGCCUGUCUCUCCUGCCAGCACUAUGAAGUUCAGACCUGGGGUUGAGACUCCCACAUUGGCGUCCCUCAGGGCUCCUUCUCAUGUGUCACCCACCAUGAUGUCCCAACCCAUCUUUACCAGCAGCCUGCAGCCUCUGACCCCUCUGGCCUCCCACCAGCCUUUUCCCCAUCCUCCCCACUCCAACAUGACCCCAGUCUACCCAAUUGGCCAGACCACUGUCUCGUACACCUGCUCUGCCCAGCUCCACUCUCAGCCUUUCCAUGGUGCUAUGACCACCCCGCCACUCCCCAUAGGUUUACUCCAACAGGGGGCAGCAGGGAGGCUAGUAGGCAGAUUCCAAGCCCCCUCUGCCUCCACCUUAAACCCUCUGAUCUGCAGCUCGGUCAGCCCUAUCCUAAGCCAGCUGCAGCCGCCCUCUCACGGCAGCAUGCAGCAGAUGGGGUACAGUCAUGAUAAAGCAGGGAGGAUAACUAGUGGUCUGACCCUCCCGCAGUUUCCUUUCAUCACCAGCACGCGGUGCUCAACCGGAUUUAUUCAGCCUGGGUCUGCGGCCGCGACCGGGGCCGGGGCCGCAGCCUCCCUAGCUCAGCACAGCCUUGCAGGUCUCCAGUCUGUUUUCCUCCCCCAGGUUCUCCCUGAGCACUCGGCCCUCGCCUCCCUUGCCCAGUACGGCUCUGCUGAUGCUUCACCUUGCUACACGCCUCCCAUCCAGAGUCCCAGCAUACAGAGCCCUGCAACCGGGAGGACAGUUUACCACAGUGAGCUCCCCAGCAUCGCGGGCUCCCACAGCCCUCAUCUCCCUCAGACCUCAUGCCCUGCAAGGGUGGCGUGUUCCCCCACAGAGAGGGCCCAGUACUCGGCAGAUCUCUUUACCCAGGAAAUAAAGACAAUCUCAGGCUCCCACAGCUCCAUACACCAGGACAGGCCUUUGGCCAUGAGCGGCGUCUCAGAGGCGGCGCUGGGGGCAUCAAGUCCCUUCCCCUCUCCCAUGGCCGUCAGUAAACCUUACAGCCAAAUCCCAGGGCAAGCCACUCCCAUCAGUCGGACACAUUCAGGGUCAGAACCUCAGAACCUUCCCAUCAGCGGUCAUUCUCCCUACACUAGAUCUCCCUCUGCAACGUUAGAGGCCGAACAGAAACAGUCCAAACUUCCGUCUAACUUGUGAGGUUCAGACACACCCUCCUUUAACGCCUGAUCAUAAAAGGGAGACCAUCUUCUUCUUGGUGUUGGUUCAGCCACUGCUUUGUGGAAUUUUCUAGUAGGAGGGUGUGUUUUUCUAACCAGAUUGGAGAUCAGUGGUUUCAUUUUUAAUCAGAGUGAAUGGAUCUGGGAGGAUAAUGGAUAAUUAUGGAACAUUUUCUACAGGAUAUUGCAUCUUUGAAUAUAGUAAUAAAAUCCAAAACCUAUUGAUGGGUAUAUAUAGCACCUCAUGAAAAUAUCAAUUGUUCUAUGUAUAGUAUUAUAACCACACGCUGUGAUUUGUUAUAAGUAUUUGUUUAAACCCCGUUGUCCAUUCAACUUUGUGUCAUUUAGCUUUACCUGUUUGUUUGGAAAUGUGUCCACAAGUGUAUCCAGAAACCAAAAAUUAUUGUCCUUUUUUAUUUCCCUUCCCACCACUGAGUUUGUCGUGAGAAUGCAGGGUUCCCUCUUAAAGAGAUUGGAGGAGAGACGGACUGUGCACUUUGCUCGUUUCAGAGAUCACCUAAGGUAACAGUUUGAUGACGGCAUGUCUUCCAAGAGAGCUUUUCAGCAAUAUUGCACACCCUAAAUGGGUCACACAAAUCAGAUCACAUUCAGAGACACUGAAGUAAUGAAUGUAAUGUAAUGUUUGUCUGUGUCUGAGUGGGAGAAGUGGGAUUAAUUUUUGAAUAUGUUGAACUUUGGGGGCGAUGAGAGAGGUUUUCUGGAAAGUAACUGGAAAAGUUAAAAAACGGGUUCCAGAGGUAUAACGCACACAUUUUUCUGUUUCAUGUCCCAGUACAGAACAUACGCCUGAGCCAAGGUCUGUGUGCCAUCAGCAUAGUAUGCAAUAAUCUGUGUUUUUUUUAUGGGUACUGUGAAUAGAAGCACUUGAGUCGAUGAGUGAGAAUCUGUUUUUAGAUAGAACAGAUUAAAACAAGGGAAUCAAAUGAAAUAAAAGCAAUCGUGGAUAAUCAAACGUCCUGAAACCAGCAAUGCACUAAGACUGAUCUGAAUGUUUCUUGCACCAGUCAAAGGGCUAAAAGCAGUUACUAGGACACACGGUUAACCAGAAACCCUGAUGGGUCAUAUUGCUGCAUAUUUACCUCUUUCAUUUCAUAUCAUUUGAUUGUAAAAAAAAAUUGACAUCUGUUCUUGAAAAAAUUGCUGCUUUGUGAUGCUAUGCCGAAUCAAAAGUCGUCUAACAUGGACUGCUUUUUUUUAAUUUUAUUCCUUCCACUUGUUAAUGAAUUCAUGUGUUAAGAUAAUAUUUCUCUAUCUCUCUCUCCCUGUGGACCUGCGACUGGUGAGGAACUGUAAGCAGCGAACCAGUCAGCAGGUCAAGCCAUCGCAGGAUGCUGUCCAGUGGCUUUAGCUGACUGGUUACUGAACCCGACGCCUGCUGGGACUCUGAGGGGAGAGAGAUACUGUCAGUCACUAGCCAGCCGCUGCCAAUGGGCUUAAUCAAUUCCCCAUUAUUAUUCUCCUCCAACUUACACCACAACACCACCCGCCUGAGGCAUCAGCUCGGACUGAGUGUAGCGUUUCUUUGAGUGCUUUUAAGUUAAAGGUGUGUGUAAUGGAGGAGGUGUCAGUCAUUCAUCUAUUUAUAUAUUUAUAUCUCAUUUUGCUGCCUUUUACGAUUCCAUCACCUAUGUAUGUUAGGAAUAUUUUAUUUUAGCUACUGAAUUCAAUGCAAUAAAAUAACAAUUAAUGAUG